CCGGCGAUUUUAUCAGAUUCGACGGAAGCAAGACCGUGAUAAUCACUAUUAUCAGUGUUAAGACCACGGUCAUUGAUUAGAAAUUAAUAUGAAUCGGUGAUAACAUUAGUAUAGUCUUCCAAAUUAAUAUUUGUUAUUUAAUAAUAUUAUUAACUUAAUUUUAUAAAGUAUUUUCAAAUGGUGGUUACGUGCUGCACAAUAAGUUGUAAUGUAAGGUUUACCUGUCAGGUCGAACAAAAAUAUGAUCACUCAAUUUUGGAGUGUUCAGUAUUUCGGUUAGUCAAAAAUUUUUAAGAUCGCAAAUAUUGAAAUUAUUAGCUAAUGAUUUUUUGUCAACUUUUAAUUUUUCAGAUGACCAAGCCCGGCGCAUUUUGAUUAGCUGUGCUUAUAUACCAUGGAAGACUGGAUAGCAGCGUUAAAAGUUACGUCCAGUAGAGAUCUUUUAAAUCAAGUAAUGUCAAUUUGAUUAACUAUACUAACUUAAAGAUUCAAUUAAAAACCCUGACGAAAUUUUCCUCGGUUCCAUAUUAAUAUAUUUUCAUUUUCGGCUAAAAAUAAAUGGCACUAAGAUCUCAAAUUUAAAGUGUAAUAUUAUACUUGAUCAUUUUUUAAAUAAUUCAAUUUAAUCAUAACCCAUUAGUAUUUGACAAACAUUUCUGAAAAAGAAUUAUAUUAAUCUAGUUAUGUACUUUUAUAGAUAUUUUAAUACAUAUAGCAUUUUUUUUUUUUUUUUGUAGCCAAUUGGUGUAGAGUUAAAUGAUCUUCUAUCUGGCAAUCACUCAUGGCAUGCUACAUCUCAUGCACGGCCAACGUAUUGUAAUAUCUGCCGAGAACAGCUAUCAGGUAAUACCAUAAUAUUUUAUUCAUUGUUCAUUUUACAUUUUUUAAAAACAUUUUUAGGCGUUACAUCUCAUGGAUAUAGUUGCGAGGUAUGUAAGUGUAAAGUCCAUAAAAGAUGUGUAGGCAAGACAAUCAGCAAUUGUAAGUGGACUACAUUAGCUAGCGUUGGAAAAGACAUAGUUGAAGAUAAACAAGGGGUAAGUAAUAAUAAUUAGUUUUAGAUACCCACUACUUAUUAUGAAACAAUAUCAGUGUAUUUUUAAAUAUUUAAUAAUUUAAAAAAAGAAAAAUAAUAAUAAUAUAUAGGGGUUAGAUUAAAAUUAUAAGUAUUAUUUAGUUAUAGUACUACUCAUUUUAUUAAGUAUGUAUUUUACAAAUAUUAUGCCUCGUUUACAUUCAGCCCACUUCCGUGGCAGUAAGCAGAGAAACUGAGCAUGAAAGUGGACAAUGCGAGUAUGUAAACAUAUCACUCGCGCUAACCAUGCUCCUCAAAUUGUCACUGCUCGAUGCUCCUGUCAAGAGUGGUAAAUUUGCAGCUACCUAACCGGUACAAAUUAGUAAUUUAAAUCCUCACUGCCUACUACACUCCCACUGAAGUAUUUUGGGAAUUAAAUACAGUAGCGUGAGGAGUUACAGCAAUGGCUGAAUGUAAAUGAGAUAUAGGCAUAUGUACACAUUGAAUAUGUUCUUGAUGUAUAGAAAUAAGCUUUACAUAAUUUGUAAAUAGUUUUAAAUAUUGAUUUAAUUUAUUUUUAAAUCUCAAUAGUUUAUUUUAUAGUAUUACCAUUAAUAUUAUGUAUUUAAUAAUAUAUAAUAUUGUAGAAUAUUUUAAUGAUACACCAAUGGAUGGAAGGAAAUUUACCCGUGUCUUCUAAAUGUGCAGUUUGUGACAAAACUUGCGGUUCUGUGUUAAGGUUUGUGAUAAAUUAUAUUUUACCAAAUUAUAAAUGUACAAAAUUCCAAUCAUCUUUAAUUUUACUUAAAUCAGGCUUCAAGACUGGAGAUGUUUAUGGUGUAAAGCUACAGUACAUACUGCAUGUCGUCCUAGACAUACUAUUAAGUGUCCACUGGGAUCAAAUCGACUGAGUGUUGUGCCACCAACAGCUAUACAUUCUGUUGGUAAGAUGUUUUUAAUUAAUUUUUUAUAAAUAAAUAAGUACUUAAAUACUAAAAUGUUUUAUAAUUGUAGGUAAUGAUGAAUCUUUAGAAGCAAUCCAACCCCAUGGAUGUUCACCAUUAUUGGUAUUUGUCAAUUCUAAGUCUGGUGAUAAUCAGGGUGUAAAAUUCCUUAGGCGAUUCAAACAAAUAUUAAACCCAGCACAAGUGUUUGAUCUUAUUGGUAAUGGUCCUGGGCCCGGGUAAUUAAAAUUCUUCAUAUUUUGAUUUAUACAAUGAAAAUAAACAAUUUAUUUUUGUCAUUAGAUUAAGACUAUUUAGACAUUUCAACCCAUUCAGAGUGUUAGUGUGCAGUGGUGACGGUUCUGUUGGUUGGGUACUUUCUGAAAUUGAUAGACUCAAUAUGCAGGUAAAAUAUAUCAAUUUACCGAUAAAUUAGUAUUAUAAUCAUAAAUAAGUCUAUGCAUCAGGUGCAGUGUCAUGUUGGUGUACUGCCUUUAGGCACUGGAAAUGACUUGGCCAGAGUAUUAGGUUGGGGUGCAUCUUGUGAUGAUGAUGCUCACUUACCACAAAUACUGGAUAAGUAUGAACGAGCUAGUACUAAGAUCCUAGACAGGUAAAUAUAGACAUGUAACAAGUUGUGUAAGUUUUGCUUUUCAACACAUUAUAUGUAUACAUUGUAUUUUAGAUGGAGUAUAAUGGUAUAUGAACGUAGCAUUGAUAUAGGUAGUGGCACAAAACUCACAAUGAACUCUGGGAUUGAAGAGGGUAUAAGUUUAGAAUCAGCUAUAUCUUCAUACUACAGUUAUAUUAUGUCAAAUUUAAAUGUUAUUUUGCAAUCUAAUGACCAUGAAAUAAUCGUCAACACAGCUAAGUUAGUAAAACUUAAAACUGUAAAAUAAAAUAUUAAAAUUUAUUUUUCAUUUUGCAAUGUAUAUAUUAGGAUCUUAUGCGGUACUGUUAAAGAUUUUAUUGUGUGUAUAUCAGAAGUUAGCACCGGUAUUGGUGAUACACAAUUCAAUAAUAUGCAACAAGAUUUGAAGUAUAAAUUAGACACUCUUUUACAACUACUCCAAAAAGAAGAGUUCAAAAUAACAUAUCAACCAAUAAAUGUAACUUAUUAAUUAUUAUUAUUUUAAUUUUUCUAUAGAAAAAUUUAUAAUUAAUAUUUAAUUUAUUUUUCAGGAACCUCAAACAGGUAGUAGUAAUUUACCUAAUUUGAAUGAAGAAAACCUGCAAGGUAUUAUUGAUGAAAUAAAAAAUAAGAAUGAAAAAAAUACUAAGAGUUCAGUUAUUAAAAAAGUAAGAUUUAAUAAGCAUUUAUUUAUUUUGUUUAACUUUUAAUUUAUUUUUACAGGCAUAUAAAAAUCAAUUACUUGAAAGAGCUAACAGUCUUAAAAAUUCAGUUACAAAAUUAAUUGAACAUUCUGGUAAGACUUGUCCUACUAAUAUUUCAACUCCACUUCCUGCAUCAUUUCUGGUAUGUUAUGAGAUUAUUAUAAAAGUUAUUGUACUAACAUUAAAUUACUAUUAAAUUGUUGUAGCUAUCGCCUAGUAUCGACAAUAAUCUAAACCUUCAACAAUUAACUCCUACAUCAAUUGCCAAUCCUAUAUCCAUUUCUCCUAUACCUAUGUUAAGUAGAGAAUCAUCAUGUUCGACAGAGUUAAUUAUCGAAUCGUUACCUGCGCCUGUAGAAUUUGCUGAUUGUCGUCAAGAAACUGUACAGGAUGAUCAAAAUGCCGUGUAUGUUAAUUUUUUGUUUAUUUAAUCAUGCAAUUUUGUCUUCUGUUAUAAUUUGACAAAUAAUUUUAGUAUUUUUAAUAUUUUAAAUUAGUUUAAAUUUAGAAGUGUUAUUAAUAUCUAAUUCCAAUUAAAUGAAGGAUUAAAAAGAACUUUAUUUCUAUUUAAAAAUAAGUUUAAAAUAGUAAUCUAACUCACUAAUUACUAUUGUAAUUUAAAUUUGCAAUACAUUUUUAUCCCGUAGUUAGUCAAAAUAAACCCUUAAUUAUUUAAUUAUAUUUAAAUGAAUGUAUAUAAUUUUUCUUUCCAAUGGGAAAUUUUUGUAAAUUAAAUAUGUAUGGUUACACUACCAUUAAUAUAUUAAUUUCUUCUAGAAUAAUAUUUUAUAUUAUUCUGAAUUUUAUAUGAUUUAAUUUUGAUAUUCUUAAACAUUAUCAAUUCAUUUUCAUCAUUAAGAGAGACAUUGUGCUAAUAGAUUCUAUUAUAACAAAAUAUGUUUUAUUCCUAUAAAAUAAACUAAAACAUGAUUAUUAUAAUUAUAUGAUUAGACUCUCUGAAGAAGAUACGAGCACAUAUCAAACUUCUCAGUAUGAUGAUUUGAAUAGUUAUUGUCAAAUAUACGAAACCGAUAAGAUAAAAAGUGAAUGCAAAGAUCAAAUUAAUGAAUCACUGAAAACUUAUCCUACAUUCAAAAUAAGUGAAGAUGAAUCUUUAGGGAAUAUUUGUCACAUUGAUUCAUCUGAAGCUUCUGAUGAAAUACCAGAUAGUUACAAAAUGUGUGAAAAUAAAUGCCAAGCGUCGUCAUCACGUUACAGUUUUCGUCAAGCAUGUCGAAGUACAUUUUCACGUCACCAACCUAAAUUUAAUUUUGGCCUUAGCGAAUGCAUGGAAUCGGAUAUUGAUGCAUCCAAUUUAAUAUCUACGUCGCCUGAAGAUGAAGAAAGUGAAGAUUUCCGAAAAGAACUUGGAAUCAUCGAAAAUAAUUUUAAGAAAUGUAGUAUAGCACAUUUUAUUGAGGGAAAUGACAUUGCAAGAAGAUCAAUUAAAUGCCGUCAUUUAAAUAAAACUUACAGUGAUAUGGAAGUUGAAGCAGAAUUGGCAUUUAAAAAUAUAAAAAAAGAAACAGGACAACUAAAUAUUAGUACAAGUUUAGAAAUACCAAGCGAAUCAAAUUUUAUCAUCCAUAAAAAUGAAAUAAAUGUUAGAAUUAAAGGAUCUAAUGGUAAUUUAAGUAAUAAUGGUGAUGAUUCAUUUCCACCUUUAGAUACUAAACCUAAAAUUGAUAUGAUUUUUCAUGCUAAUAAUUAUGACAACGAAAUGCAUAGCUUCAAAGAAUUAAAAAGAAGUCAAACUAUGACUGGUCCAGCUGUAGUUAUCAACCCACCAUCCCCUCAGAACUUCUCCCCAAAUAAAAUGUGUGAUGUUGAAGAGUCACAUUUGGACUGCAGAAGAAAUAGUUUUGACAGUUGUCGGAGACGUAAGUGUAAAUAUUUUUUGGGAUUGAAAAUGUAAUUGUUAAUAUAUAAUUUUUUUUUUUAUUUUAUAGUUUCUGCAGCAUCACCUGUCAUGUUGAAUGCUUCACCUUUACGUACUUCACAUAAAAUUUCUAGUACUACAGCGUUAAAUACUCGGAAUCCUUCACCUACACCAUGCUCGAUUCAAAAUGAUACAUCACUUAAACAUAAAAAAUACUUACCAAUUAUCAACCCUUUAGUUACUUUACCUACUUGGCCCAGUGAGUAUUAUUAUUUAUAAAUUAUAUAAUAUGUACAAUAUUAUCUAAUUUAAUGACUACUUUAAAUAGAUGUAACAGAAUCAAGUUUGAUAAGUCAAGUGUUGUUAGCAAAUGCUGAUGCUCUAUGUGCUCCAGCUGUGCCUUUAAUGGACCCAGAUGAAACAUUAUUGUAAAGAAUAAUAAUAAAUAAAAUUGUAUAAUAGUAAAAAUAAAUAAUAAUGAUCUUAUAUUUUUUUUAAUUUUAGAGAAGGAUAUUUUGAAAAAUGUAUUAUGAAUAAUUAUUUUGGUAUUGGCAUUGAUGCUAAAAUAUCUUUAGAUUUUCAUCAUAAACGCGAAGAACAUCCAGAAAAGUGUAGAUCAAGAACUAGAAACUAUAUGUGGUAUGGUGUUUUGGGAAGCAAACAAUGGUUGCAAGUAUGUAUUCAUAUAAUGUAUAAUGUUUUAAAAAAUUAAUGGUCAGUGUUUAAUCACUUUUAAGCUAUUAGAAAUGUUAAAACCUUUUAUAUUCGGAGCAAGAGAUUUAUUGAUUUUACUAUUAUGUAUUUUUAUCUAUCUGUAAACAACUUUUCGAACUGAAAACUUGCUCCAAUCAAAAAAUGGCAAGAGAACUUUUAUGUUGUAUAUUGAAUCUAGUUAAAAAAUAAGAGUAAGAGUUGUUUUAUGAUUUUCAGUGUAGUUGUCAUAAUUAUUGAGUAUAACUGGAUAAAAAAGGAUAAUUUAUAAAGUAAAUAGUUUCAUUAUUUUAAACUUUAUUUUGUCAUUGUAAUUUGAUUGCGAAUAUUCAUAGAAACUUAAAGUUUCAAAAGAAAACUUAUAUUUACCUUUUGUAGACAUUUUACAAUUUUGAUUCUUGAGCUAUUUAUGUUUGCAAGUUCUUUAUGUAGUUUUCAUUUGGUUAGUAUUUUAUUGAUAUCAUAGUUUAGACAAUGAACCACAUAAGAUGACGGUAUACCUGCAUCUACUGUCUCAGUGCAACUACAGGGUCACAUGCAAUAUCAAUGUUUACUCAGAAUAAAUAAAACUAGCUGAAUUUUGAUUUUAGAGUAAAAGUAUAUAAUAUAAAAUGUAUAGAUAACAAUAUUUUGGAGAAAAUGUCAUAGGUGUUUUUUGAAUUAUAAUUAUUCAAUAACUAAUUUGUAAUUAGUUAUUGCAACUAAUUAAUAAAAAGUUAGUUAUUUAAAAAAAAAAAAAUGGUUUUUGUAAUUUUUAUAUCAAGCUGUAUACUUUGAAUAAUACAAAGAUCCUGAUAUUCCCUCCAAAAUAAUGUUCUCUAUAAAUUUCAUAAAGGGUAUUUUUACCCUGAAAUUAAAAUUAACCUAGUUCACUUAUUCUGUGUAAACAUUGUUUUUGUAUGUUACCUGGUAAUUGAAUAAAACAGUAAAUAUGGGUUUAACGUCUUCUUAAUUUCCUGUCAAAUUUUCAAUUUGCAUUUCAGUUAAGUCUUAAAGUUUUAUUCAUAUAGAGUAUCUGAGUAGCUACCAAAAAAAAAAAAAUUACAUAAAAAAAAAACUAAUAAAAUUAAAUCUAUAAGCAGCACAAAAAUGGCUCAAAUAAAAAUUUUAUCAUGUCUAGAAAAAGUAAAUAUAAGUUUUCUGUCAAAAUUUCUAUAAAUAUUUGCAAUUGAAUUACAACAAAAAAAAAAGUUAAAAAUAAUGAAACUAUUACUUCUGUAACUUUCCUUUUUUCAUUUUUGCAUAAUAUUCAAAAAAUCUAAAAGUAAAAUUAAAACGACUAUCUUGGCCACCAAUUACAUUAAAAAUGCAACAAAAGUCUCUUGUUAUUUUUAUAUUGAAGCAAUAUUUCUGGCAGAAAAUAUAAAGCAUUCCGAUUUUCCUUAAAUAUUAACACAAAGAAAAUGAAAACCCAAAUUUCUUAUUCUCCUACCACAUUAAAACCGAACAAUGUACAUUUUUUGAUUAAAACAAUUUAUCUGGUAGAUAUGUACGCUGUAAAUAUUUUCCUUUUUUUUUUUUUCGGUUUUUUCCAAUUAUGAAAACCCUUUGGAAAAUCAAAAAAUGAUCUCCACAAUGCAGUAACUAGAUACAAUUUUCUUUCAGAAAACAUGCUACAGUAAAAUCUAUGGAUCCCUAUGUACGCACGGAGUCUAAAAGUAGAUUGUAAUUUUUUUGUAUAAUGGUUUUAAAAUCAAAUUUCGAUGAAACUUGUAAAUAUUACUGUAUUUCAAAAAAUCAUGUAUGAACAAAUUUUGCUAAUUAUUUUUCAUUAGCAAUGGUUUAUCAUUGCUUAUAGGUAUAAAUUACAUAAUUUUAUAUUUUUAUCUUCUUAACUCCCCACCUCAAUAGUAGUACACCAUUAUUCAUAUCUUGCACAUCAGCAGUAUUAGCUCUUUUUUUUUUUUUUAAGUAGAAACUAUGUACGGUUAAGGAAUCCUACACACAAAUGUGAUUUUAUUGAUUAAUUUUGUAUUUGUGGGUUUUUUCGCAUUAUAAAACAAAUAGCCUACUUAAUGUGAAAUAUUAAAUAAUAAUUAGUUUUUCUUUUAGAAAACAUAUAAAAAUUUGGAUCAAAGGGUACAACUGGAAUGCGAUGGGCAAAGAAUUCCUCUUCCUUCAUUACAAGGAAUUGUUAUACUAAAUAUACCGAGGUAAUUUAUCAACAUGUUUAGAUAUAAGUUGAUAAAAGUAAUUUCGAGUAAUUAAUUAUUUUAAUGUGUAGUUUUAUGGGUGGCACUAAUUUUUGGGGUGGAACAAAGGAAGACAGAGUUUUCUUAGCUCCUAGUAUUGAUGACAGGAUAUUGGAAGUUGUCGCUGUGUUUGGAACUAUCCAAAUGGCUGCUUCCCGUUUAAUAAAUUUACAACAUCAUCGCAUCGCCCAAUGCACUACAGUGCAAAUAAAUAUUAUGGGUUUGCAUAAUUUAUUUAUUUGCUUGAAUAAAUAAAAAUUGAAUUAUAACUUUUACUUAAGGAGAUGAAGGGGUGCCAAUACAAGUUGAUGGUGAAGCAUGGGUACAACCACCAGGAAUGAUACGUAUAAUUCACAAGAAUAGAAUGAAAAUGUUGUGUAGAAAUAAAGCUCUUGAAUCGUCUUUAAAAUCAUGGGAAGAAAAGCAGAAACAAAUUAAACACCAGAGUAAACGCACUCAUAGUCAAUCAUUAUGUAGAUUUACUCCUUUGAGUCAAGAGGAAUGGUCAAUUCUACAGGAUUUUAUGGAAGCCACUACAAAUUUUAUUAGGUAAUAAUUUAAUUUUGUACUAACAAUAUUAAUAUGUAUUUGCUUGUAAUUUAAUAUCAAUUAUUUUAUUAUAAUUUUGUUUUAGGCUUAUCACAGAAAUAUUGCUGAAACAGAAAUUAGUCAAGGGAGAUGAUUCUAAAAAAUUAAGUGAAUCAACCAAUGAAAUUGUUAAAAAAAUCAGUAUUGUUGAAAACGAAAAUAAAGAAGUAUGUGUCAUUGAUCUUAUUUGUCUAUAAUAAUAGUGUACACCUCAGUUUUAUAAUUGUUAUUGAUUUUAGAAGGAAUUAAGGUCAGUAGCCUCAGAUGUUGUUUUGAGUACAAAACAGUUACAUGAAGAAACUCUAACUAUGAUUAGAAAUGCAGGGAAUGUUAGUAAAUUAUAUUAUUAAAAAUAAACAUAUUAAUUAUCUAUCUAUAAUUAAUAAUGUUUUGUUUUAGGUUUUUGAUGGUGAAUUUGUAGUUAAGCUGACUUUGGCUUUUAGUAAACUUGAAGUAGAAUUUAAAAAAUGUUUGAUAUCUUCAAAAGAAUCUGAAAGAGAUAAUGGUUCAUCAUCUUAUGUUUACUUCUUGAACAAUGAUUUUGAAUCGGUAAUUAUUUAUUAUAUUUACUAUGUGUAAAACACAAAUUUCUAACUAAAAUUACAUAAACAUAAUUAUGACUAAUAAUGUACCUAAUUAGAAAUAUUUUUGCUAUUUUAUGAUAAAUUAAUUAUAUUAAUAAUAGGAUAAGUUGUGUCGUAAAGGACAAUUUUGGCAAAAAUUAUGGAAAGCCAACAUAAUAUCUUCGAAAAAAGUCAAUCAAGAUAUAUCAAACUGGAGUACAGUGGAGGUCGGAAUUUGGCUUGAAUCAGUACAGUUAGGAGAAUAUACAGAAGUAUUCGCAAACAAUGAUAUUCGAGGCAAAGAAUUAUUAAACUUAUCUCGCCGUGACCUUAAAGAAAUCGGAAUGACUAAAGUAGGGCACAUUAAACGUAUACUUAUGGCUGUCAAAGAAUUAAGCACGGUUCAUGAAGAACAUUAAAAAUUACUUUAGUGAUCCAAUAUUUACUAGUGAAGUAUACUAUUUAUUGUUUGUUUGCGCAACAUACUAUAUUAAUGUUGUUAAAUUAUGAUAGAUGACAGUCACCUGUGCUAAAAAGUUAGGUAUUAUGAACUAACUGAAUCUAAUGUCCAAACCAUAUUCAAUGAACUAGUAAUCAAGAACAAAUUAAUUAAAUUUUAAAUUCCUAAGCUUUGAUUGUAUUUAAUAGGACAGUUAUAUUUUCUUUUUUCUUUGUACAUUGAACGUACUUUUCCUAUCUCUUUCUAAUUGGUAUCAUAAUAAGAAUGUGUUAGUGUACUUCCACACCUUCCUCAGUCCUAGUUGGUUAUAUAAACUUGAUUUGGUAGCCAAAAUAAACAUAAAACAUUUUACUAAGUAGCUGUAGAACAUUUGUUUAAAUUCUGAGCUUAGCGAGGAAUGUAUUGAUUCUAUAAUGAUGUUUAUUUCUAUUUUUAUGUACACACAUUGUACAAAAAUUCCAUUAGCAAUUUGGCUUCAAAGUAUCAAGUGUAGCACCUUUUUAGAAAAGGAAUUUUUCUAAUGAGGUCAUUUUUAGAUUUUCCCAGGAGUUUUCAUAAUAAGGGGGAAAAUUUAUGAAAAUAUUGCUUUUAUAAUUUAAAAUUUUUUUUCUCUGUUGUGAUUCAGUUUAAAAUAUUUGCAGACUUACAGUAACCUUAUAUUUGCCUUUUAUAUUCGUGGUAAAAUUGUCAAAACAUUUAAGUCAUUUUUGAGUUUUUAUAGAAAUUUUAAUUUUAUGAAUUAUUUUAAAUAAUAUUUAUUUGAUAGGUAUCCUGUGGAUAAAUUUGUUAUACUCAACAGAAAUGUUUCAAAAUUUAACAAAAAGUUUAUUAUAAGUUUUAUUUUGUGGUCAAAAAAAAAAUAAUAAUAAUUGAGUGAUGAAAAUUAUAUAUUUUUUUUAUAUAAGAAUUUUAAUAUUUUAUUUUGACAAUAAUCAUAUGUAUUACGGCCUUUUGAAACAUGUAUACUAAAAAUUUGCUCGGAAUCGUUUUUUGUUGGCAAAGAUUAAUAAUUGCAUUCAGAUAUAUAUAUAUUAAAUUCUCCACUAUAUUCUACUCUCCCAACUUUUCACCUACAACAGUAGCCCAUCCAUCAUGCAAAGUAUGUCAGUUUAAAUUUUAAUCUGUUGAUUUCAUAAAAAUGUACAAUUAGUAGCAUGAAAAAUUGAUAUAAUGCAAUUUUAACUAUAUUCUUGUUAGAUGGGCAGAGAUGACAAAAUGUACAUUCAAUGUAUUCUUAAGUUGGUUAAUUAAGUUUUAUAUGAAGAAUGAAAUUGAAUGUUAUGACUUUGGUUUAAACCAGAUUGAUAACUUUAUAAUUUUAAUUUCUUUGUCAAUUAUGUAUUCGAAAAUUUUUUUUAUAGAGGCAGGUCUUAAGUUAUAGUUUCAUAUUUUUAUUGUGGAUGAAAUAAGAUUAUGUCUAUCAGUUAUGUAUACAGGUAGAGUUGAAACUACCACUGCCAUUGCACUAUGCCACUCAUUAAUUUUAGUUAAUUUAUUGCAUAUUAUUGUUAAUUUAAUUUCAAAAAAAUGAAUGUAUAAUUCAUGUUUACAGUGUUGGGGAGAAAUAUCUAAUAUGCUUUACACACUUAAGAAGUAGAUCCUAUUAGUGUGACAGAAGGAGAGGGGAUUUGAUCACAGUAAAAGACACUAAGUCUUAGUUUUUCCCCCAGAAUACAAUAUAGUAUAGGAUGUGAAAAUGCGGAUUUUUCAAGCCUCAUCCUCCCUGAUUUAUUUAUUCAUAAUUUUAACACCAUUUUUCUGUUUUGUUUUGUUAUUAUUAUUAUUUUAACUUUAAAUUUGUUAUUGAUAUUAAAUCUACUGAUCUUUCUGAAUCAAAGUGUUGGAUUAAUAUCUAGUAAUGUGCAACCAGUUUUAUUUCUGAACGUUAUUAAUUAUUACGUUUAUGGGUAAAAAUGAUCUUAAAUUUAAAACAGGAAUGUCAAAGACUUAUUCUAUUUGCUCUAUUUAAUAUUCAUCUAUUAUCCCUAUUUUAUAGUAACUUAAGUGCCAAAUAAUAAUUAUUUACUAAUAUUUUCAUUAUUUAUUAAAUAUUUCCAUUUUAAUAUUUAAUAAUGUUUUUUAACUCAUUAAACUUAUACAAUAUUAUUAAUUUUUACUGUGAGUUUGAAAAAUAUUUACAUACAAUUUAUCACUUUAUUAAAUUUGAAAUGUACUAUUCAAAUUAAAAAAAAAAAAAAAAAAAAAAAAAACUACUUAUUCAUAUAAAUAUAUUUUUGUUACGUUUUUUUUUUCCAAACUUUUAACAGUGUACAUAUAUAAUAUUAUCAUUCAUUUUCUUAUUGUUUAAUUAUGAAGUGAUUUAUAUUGUGAUACAAUCAAAUUAAGACAAAGCCAAUUCAUUAUUCAUAGUUUAUAUUAAUUAAUACCUAUCAUAUUAUAUUAUAACAUUUACCGACCAUUGGUUCUAAAUUAAUCAACUCUUAAUAUUAAUAAUUGUAACUUAUAACUAUUCUAUUUUAUACCCUACAUAUUUUACACUACUUAUAGAUACCUAUGUUUAAAUAAUUUCAUUCAAAUUCAGAUUCAAAUUUCAUGAUUUAAUAAUAAAUAUAAUUCAAUUUGUUAUUGUUUCAAUAAUACAGAUCCUAUUCUAUUGCAUGGAAAAUAAUUAAUUCUUAUUGUAUAACUUGAUGGUCGGAAAAUGGUUUAAAAUAUUUGAAUACAUUUAAAUUCAAUGUUAUGUACUGAUUAGUAUUAUAAAUUAUUAAGACCAUUGAUGUGUUUCAAUAUACUAUUUUUAAUUUUUUUUUCUAUUGGGUAUCUUUACUUGUGACUUUAUUAACAUUUAUCAUAAAACUGUAUACACUAAGUUAUAAUUAAUUUUGGUGCUAACAGUGUUUCACUUUAUUUAGGUUUUUUUUUUUUUAAAAUAACAUUUCACAAGACUAAAACAAUAAUUGUAAUCAAAUUUAGUAGUUGAACACAGGAUAUGUCUCACAGGGUUUAAACUAACGAUUAUAAUAAUAACCUGUAUUCGUGUUACAUAUUAUGGUAAAUGUUGAUCGCACUAUUUACAUUUUUGUAUAAUAUUGUAAUUCUGGUAGGAUAAUUAAUAAUGUAUUUUAGCAAUAAUGGUAUAAGCAAUAGUUUAGUGAGUUCCUACUAUUUUAUUCUAAAAACAAAUUAUUUAUUAAUUUUUUUGUCUGAAAAA